AGGCGCUGCCCGCUGCUGCUCUGCCUCCUCGCGCCCUGCGUUGCCCGCUGGAGCCCGUCACCAUCCUCCACACGACGUGCUGCCCUGCACCCGCAGCCAUGUGCCGGACCUUGGCCGCCUUCCCCACCAACUGCCUGGAGAGAGCCAAAGAGUUCAAGACACGGCUGGGGGUCUUUCUUCACAAGUCAGAACUGGGCUCCGGUACUGGGAGUGUUGGCAAGUUCGAGUGGGACAGUAAACACAGCAAAGAGGGCAGAAACUUCUCAGAAGACGUGUUGGGGUGGAGAGAGUCAUUUGACUUGCUGCUGAGCAGUAAAAAUGGAGUGGCCGCCUUCCACGCCUUCCUGAAGACAGAGUUCAGCGAGGAGAACCUGGAGUUCUGGCUGGCCUGUGAGGAGUUCAGGAAGCUCCGGUCAGCUACCAAGCUGGCCUCCCGGGCUCACAGGAUCUUUGAGGAAUUCAUCUGCAGUGAAGCCCCCAAAGAGGUGAACAUAGACCACGAGACCAGGGAGCUGACCAGGACGAACCUGCAGACGCCCACGGCCAUGUGCUUCGACGUGGCUCAGGGGAAGACGCGCACCCUGAUGGAGAAGGACUCGUACCCGCGCUUCCUGAAGUCCCCAGCUUAUCGGGACCUAGCUGCCGAAGCCGCGGCCGCCGCCGCCUCUGCCGCCUCCGCCUCUGCCUCCCCAUCCGAGCCCUCGCAUACCUGAGCCUCCAGGCUGGGAGGGGGCCGGCCAGGCAGAGAGGUUGGGUCGCCCGUAGCCGUAGCCGAGGCGCCGCCCCCGUGUGGGGGGGCGGGUUCUGCAAAGCCAGAGAGGACAGCGAAGGGAAACGCCCACCCGGUGACACCCUCUCCUCUAGACCCUGCGGGACUGAAUUCCGUGCGUGAGAGGGUUCCCCCACUUCUAGGACCUGCGCCCAAGGGCUGAAGAGGAGGGUUGUGUGUGGCUCUCUGGGGGAAAAGAAGGAUGGUGCAAGAGUCAGCAUCGGCUCUGGCCCUUCUCAGCGGGGCAAGGGAUAUUCCAGGGUGCUUUGGGAAACUUGUGGAUAAAAGGAAACUUGAAAAUGAGUGAGGGAAAGACAAGCAGGUUAGCCGUUCUGCCUGUCCGUCGGUGGACACAUCCUGGUUUCCUGGUUCCCAGACUGUCCUGGGCACACAGGGAACCGUGGAUGUGGAGCCUUGCCAUCCCGUCCUCUUCACCUGCCUCUGGGCUGCCCGGCGGGUUCCUUAGCUUGCAUUUCUCAACACUCCUGUGUCCAGCCUGGCAGUCUUGUCAAGGCCAGAGAACCAAUGUGAUGCUUGCCCCAGAUGAGAUUUUUACCUCAAACACUGGCCUUCAAGCCCCUUUCCAGAUCAAUAGAGAGCCCUGAAAAGAGGCCAUCUUGCUUAUGUGAAAUGAACCUUGGUGCUCCUGGUGGCCUCUUGCGGGUGCCCCGACCCUGUGUGUGCAUCAGGGUCCACCUGUGAGCAGGGCCCGCUGAGAACCUCUUGCUGGGAUGUGCCCUGUCUUAGCUCCGUGCUGCUGUUGAAUGUGGGGCCCAUCAGGAGAAGGGCAUGGGGCCUCUUGGUGAGCGGCUAGUCCAGCUCUUUUGCCGGGCAGGGUGGAAGGAGGGAGAAAAGGAUCCUGAGAAACAAAUCUCUUGGCAGUUCCAGAGAAUCCUCUUUAAAUCAAGCUCAUCUUUUAUUUUUGUGGGUAUGAGAACAGCGAAAAAGAGAUUCCCCAGGAUGGAAGGGGAGCCUCGUGUUUCUUUCCUGUGGAUGUGAGGUAACGCUCUCUGGGGUGUUGGGAGAAAUGAGGCAGGGACCUCAAUGAACUUGGAUGGACCGUAGAAGCUGGGAGUGAGGCUGGGAAGAGCAGGACUGGGGGCAAUCAGAACCCGCUGGUCACCUCAUGGCAUCACUGAGCACACGUUCCGUGGUGGGACUUCUGCCCGGGCCCAGGCUGGGGAGGUGAAUUAACCGGGCAGCUCCCCUGUGCCCCAGGAAAAUCCACACUGUUCUCUCUGCGCUAUGAGCUCCUCCAGGAGACAAUUAUUUAAGUCUAACAUAUUGUUGGUUUUGUGACAGUGGUCAUGGCACAUUAUUUUCACUGCUGUUGUCGUGUUGUUGUAUUGUUAUUUAUUGUCAUUUGAGUUUGCCUCUACUGGAGAAUCUCAACAGGAGCUGGCGGCCUGACUGUCUCCCUCUCCACUGGACUCUACCUCUUGAACAUGCUGGGAACCUCUUAGCGCCUGUCAGGAACUCCUCCCUGUUUAAAUAUUUAUUUAUUGUUGACAGCUGGAACUGGUUUUCUGAUGUGAAUGAUGUACUCGA